CAGUUCAGUUACUUUAGCGACCGAAUAAGAAGAAAGAACUUCUUUGAGAAACCCGUCAUUAUGGACAACAACGAGAUUAACGGAACAACAACAACAGCAACAAGCAAGUACGAGGAUUUGUUGCCCGUGAUGGCGGAGAAGCUGGACGUGGAAGCUUUCGUGGGUGAAUUAUGUGGAGGGUUUCGGCUUCUAGCUGACAGCGGAAAAGGGUUGAUUACGCCGGAGAGUCUGCGGAGGAAUUCGGGACUUUUGGGGAUGGAAGAGAUGAGCAGAGAGGAAGCAGAAGGGAUGGUUCGAGAAGGUGAUCUGGACGGCGAUGGGGCACUCAACCAGACUGAGUUCUGUAUCCUCAUGGUUAGGCUUAGCCCCGGGAUGAUGAACGAUGCCGAAACAUGGCUUCAGAAGGCCAUUGCCCAGGAGCUCAACAGCCCCUCUGCUUGAUUCUUCUUUGGACUUAGUAUUUGUUGUACUUGGUGAAUUAUGAUGUUCUUGUGUACUGCAAAGUUCUAUUAGUUGUUAGUGAAAAUGAUUAUGACCUGUUAACAAUGGUUCACUAGUCUGUCCUUAAA